AAAAAGAUGUUAUUAAAGCCAAUCAAGAAGAAAUAUUAUAUUGGUAUUUCUAUGUUAAAAAGUUCAAAGGUAUAGUUAAAAAUUUCAUGGCUAAUAGUAAUAUUAAGGAGAAAAAAGCAAAAGGUCAAGAUAUUAGCAAUUCUUUAAAUGAUUUAUUCAAAACUGGAGUAAGUGCAUUACCUAAGAAGAUAUUAUCGAAAAUUCAG